UGAUCGUUGAAUCCCACGUUUGUUCGUUUCUCGGCCGGAAAAGCUUUCCCAGCCAAUUCCUAUCAUCCGUACCACAAAUUAAACCGAGACCCUUUGUCUGAUCCACUGGAGAUCGAUCGAUAUGAUCAUAUCUAUCUGAUCGAUCAUCUGCUCCUUCUUGAUCUCUUCUUUCAUGGGUUGCGGCAUUUCAAAUUCUGACGUCGUUGAAGAUCAGGCAGGCCCAGCUUGCAUGAUCAAGCACCUAUAUAAUCAAGACAAUUACGUUCAGCCAAGUAAUUAUGAGGAUGCUGAUGCUGAUGAUGGCCGAAAACAGACCCUGAAAAGAAUCAAGACGAGGUGCGUUUAUUCUGACCAGGACUCGGUGGAGAAACAAAGAGGGUUGGAGGAGAAUGAAGAUCAUGAGGUUUGUGAUGAGAGGGAAGAUAGCCUCAUGAUUGCUCCACCAUCGCCGAGUUUUAGGGUGUACUGCCUGGACAGUGACUCGGGGAAUAGCAGCAAGGAGGAAGGUGAUGGAGUAAAAAGUGAAAACAAGUCAAAGUCGCUGCAGGUGUCUACGAUCCAAAUAGCCAAGAAAGGGAGAAAAGGAAGAGGAUUUAUGAGUGUUUUAAAAAAGGCCAGGCUAGGAAAGAAAAAUUCUUUAAAUUAA